GCGACGUCACAAACCAGCUUUUAUUCUGAAGGCGGAGUUUUCGCUGCAUUUUCGCUCAGAUUUUCUGUCUGUUUCGCUUCAGUUGUCGACUUACUUCUGUAUUCAAUCCAAUAUCGGUUUACAGCGUUGUAGCGCACACCAUGACUGAGGUGGACCCUUCAGAUGAACAGCUGGCAGCAAUUGCCAUAGAAAAUGAAGAUGAGGAAGAAUUUCACCAUGGUUACAAACCCCCAGCCCAGAAGACCUUACAAGAAAUUCAGGACCUGGACCAAGACGAUGAGAGCCUACGCAAGUACAAAGAGGCACUACUGGGAAACCAUGCUGUGGCCAACGAUCCUAACCUUCCCAAUGUCCAGGUAACUAGAAUGACUUUGGUGUGUGACACUGCUCCAAAGCCUCUGGUCCUUCCCUUGGACGGCGACCUGAAAAAAUUAAAAGAACAUCCGUUUGUGUUGAAGGAGGGAGUUCCAUACAAGAUUAAGAUAAACUUUAAGGUCAACAAAGAAAUUGUGGCAGGCCUAAAAUACAUGCAGGAGAUUUCGAGGAAAAACAUUAAAGUUGACAAGUCUGUUUACAUGGUCGGCAGCUACGGUCCCAAAGCGGAGGAAUACGAGUACCUUACUCCUGUAGAUGAAGCACCCAAAGGGAUGAUAGCUCGCGGCUCCUACAACAUCAAGUCCAAGUUCACCGACGAUGACAAGGCCAACCAUCUCAGCUGGGAGUGGGGCCUCACUAUCAAGAAAGAUUGGGACUGAUUCACCCCCCACCCCCUUUGCCCACUUUAUGCAGAGGUCUUUUUCUCCUCCUGUUGUUUUUCUUCUCUCAUUCCAUUAUAUAUUGGAUAGAAUCUGGAUUUCAUUGAUUUACAAAUUAGCACUUUCUCCAUCCUUUGACCCUGUUACUCACAACCUUAAACCUUUUUUUUUUUUCCCCUAAAUUAUAAUCAAGUUCAUCAUUCCACAUUGGACUUUAAUCUGGCUUUCUGCUCCACUCCAGCUGAGUAUUAAAUUCUAAAAAUGGAUAAAGCAGUCGCUGUACACAAAUCAGAGGGGAAAAAACUAAAAAUGUAAUCUAUUUAUAGCUCAUGAUUUAGUAAUCUAUUAUAUUUUGUGCUCUCUGUCAUCCAGAUUUGUCCCCCCCCCCCCCCUUGUAUUUUUUUCCCCCCCUCAUCUUUAUAUUACGUUGUUUUGUACCAUUACCAUGAUUUGCCUUGCAGUACCCAGAUGCAGCACUGUCCUCUGCACACUCAGCAGUCAUUGCUGGAAACGACCCAACUAAAGCCUUUGAACAGACAACCGUAUUUUCCGGACUAUAAGUCGCACCAGAGUAUAGGUCGCACCCCCGGCCAAAACAUGUAAAAAAGUGCGACUUAUAGUCCGGAAAAUACGGUAAUUCUGUGAUCAUGUUCCUAAAUGAUUUGGAAUUGAGGUCGAACACUGUGUAACGUAUGCCUAUAAAAAUGGUAAACUGAAUUACCUCAAACACCAUGCGGCCUGUUUUAGGUGCAGCUGUUCUCCACCAAUCAGGGUAUUCUGACUUUUAUUUGUAGCUGCGCGGCCUUAUCAAGAUCCUUUAGUGUUUUAAGAAAACAAAAAAAACAAUCUACGGCUUGCUUGUGCCAGCUGCCUUAUUUGUCAAACCAAAAUCUGAGCCUGUUCCAAUGAUGAUAGUUGAUCAGAGCUGUAAGUAUUUUCAAAGCCACUACUGCAGGUUUAAUGAUGCUGUUUCACACAAAAAGAUGGCCAUAUUGGUACAAUUUAAAUCACUCUCAUUUGAAUUUUUGUAGUCAUCUGAUAACCUGUUAUAUAAUUCAUUUAUUUCUGUUUAGUAGCAGCAUCAGUUCAGGUCUGACUGUUUUUGUGUCAUGUUUCUGGCGUGCCUGCACGCUCCUGUAGCCGGCAGACUGCAGCUUUCAGGAACUGAACAUAGAAGCUGUUAAAGCACUUCCAUCCUGUAUGAUAUAUGGUCAAAAGAAUGUGGAUGGCUGCUGACAUCCCGUUCAAGAACCAAGGCGUCGUCUUAAACACCUUUUCAGAAACCUAAUCGAGUGCAUCGGGUGUCUUAAAACACACCAUUUGACUUUUUUUAAAAAGCACUUAAGGAAUCCUGAGCUGAUCCUUUGAAUGUAGGUCUGCACCAACUGUAGCCACCCCCACUAUACACACACGUGCAGAUUACACAUGACACAAGACUAAAAGGAGCCAUUUCAAACCUAAAUUGGCAUAGUUCAAACAAAUGGGGGCAACAGGCAGUUUUCAUGAAUUCACUCGACUAGAUUUAAAGCAAUGGGUGUGGCUGAAACACCCGACCUGAUUAAUUGGGAUGAAUAAAAUCAAAUAGUUGAACUUUUGGUGGUAUGAAUCAUUAAAGAAACAACGGCUUAGUUGAGAAGCAGCAGAUGAUAGAAAUGGCACAGAGCUGCCGAGUGGCAUUUCAGCGCUUAUGAAUAAACAUGCAGAGAGGGUUUUCAGUUUCAACCACAAACAGAAGCUCCAGCUACAUUUUUAAUUGUUGUGUAUAGGGGAUGUCCAGCCAGUCACAUUCUUUCUUAAUUUCUUUCUGCCAUAACACACGAGCUUCAGUUUACUAAUGCUCCCAGUUCCUCAAAACACAUGCUGUUACUGCUGACUUGUGGACAUUUUAGUGUUGGAAUCAGUAAAGUGAGACCAUCUGUGAUUGACAUCUGGACCACUAUAUAGACUGUCUUCUGCGGAGACCAGGUUUCCCAUAGUGAGGCCUUUAUGAUUAAGUUUAAGCAUGUGUGUCCUGCUCUUUAAAAGUAUGGCAUCUUUUUAUACACUCCAUAAAAAUGUCAAUGACUUGACUAAUGAGGAUUUUGGGGUUGUGUUUUUUUUGUUUCCCUCCCCAGUUCUUCUUGCUGGUCGACUUUGUCUGUGUGCUACAGUUUAAUGAUCUGUGUGCAUAUUAAAGUCUUCAAACAAGA